CAUUAUCAAAUUUUACAUCUUCACUCUCUCUAAGCACUUUAGCUACAAACACACACAGCACGUCACAAGCAAGGGAGGAAUAGAACCUCUGUAACAUUGACUUAGAUCUCCAUUUUCCUGCAACACCAGCAAUUCCUUCCACAAAGCGUUCAAUCCAGUCCUCUAAAACAAUGAGGAGGUUAGGUCACCAUCGGCUGCACGGUAAGCAAGGUGCGGGAGUUAAAGGUAUGUUAGUCAAGCUUGGCAUCGCAGUUGUCGUUCUCUUGAUCUGCACUCUUUCGCUUUUCUUCUCGGCAACUACCAGUGAGAAUCGCGGAUCGAGCGGUCCGUCGGAGAUCAAUGUAGAGGAACUUUGGGCAAGUGCCAACUCUGGUGGUUGGAGACCAUCAUCAGCUCCACGAUCAGACUGGCCUCCUCCUCCAAAAGAGAGCAACGGUUAUCUCCGCAUUCGUUGUAAUGGUGGUCUGAAUCAGCAGCGUAGUGCGAUUUGUAAUGCUGUGCUUGCUGCCCGAAUCAUGAAUGCUACACUCGUGCUGCCCGAGUUGGAUGCAAAUUCGUUCUGGCAUGAUGACAGUUUUUUUCAGUUAUGUUUCCUGACUGUGGUUACUGGCUGAUGCUUUAUCUAAAGAAAGAAUGGAAAAUAACUGCAAAAUACUAGAUGAGGUAGCACUUUGGUAAAUUUCCUUUCUUUAGGUUUUUUCCUUCCAUUGUUUCCAGAAGCAGUUAGGGCAUUGUAACUUCAAACAUUGAUUUCUACUCAUAGUUUAAAGUGACAAUUUGAAGAACUUUUGACUUCUGAUUAAUGUUGAUCUUGCAUCCCUUGGUUUUGGAAGUGUGGCAGAUAGUCAUGUUCCUUGAAAAUCAGCAGACUGAACUUCGAACUUUGACUUCUUAAUCAUAGUUUGAAGUGAGAACAGGAGGACAAUAUGAAUUUCUGUCACAUUAUUUUUCUUACAUCCCUUGGUUUUAGGAAGUUUAUCAGAUGAUCACAUUCCUUGUUUUCGUAUGAACGAAAUGGCCUUUAGUUGGCUAGUCUCUUUGGUCUUUGGAAGCUCUCUAGAACCAACGAAAACUGGAAAAAGCCAGUUGAAAAAUUGAUUAGGUCUGAGCUCUCUAAACCAUUCAGUUAG